GCGAUGUCAGGCCCCUUUCCAGUUCAAGCUGGUACACAACCUAUUGGUAUGUCUGCAGCAGUCUCAGAGACUGUUGCGUCUUCUUCUUCGGGUCCAACGGUGGUUGCUACACAACCGCAACAAUCUGUUCAGCAAGCUGGACAGCAGCAAGGUCAAUAGUAUCCCAAAACCCCAAUGAAACCGCCGGUAGCCUUUACAGGCGAGGGAAAGGACGAGGAACUCAACACAUGGUUGAGAACGGUCCCGGUUUGGGUGAGGGCAAAACGGAUCUUGCUUGAGGAUGAGGUGGUUACUGCGGCAUCUUACCUUGAGCGUAAGGCAGCCAAGUGGCUAGAUGGAGUAGUUGUAAAGGCCGGGUACAGGCGACGCAUGGCGGAUUGGGCUAAGACUCUAACGUUAGACCAGUUCAUGGAGAUGGUAGAAGCUCGACGGCAUAACCCACAGGAGGCGCAGAGGGCCACUGAUGCCAUCAACAAACUAGACCAACGUAAGUUCAAGUCGGUUAGAGAGCUUACGACUACCGUCGAGAGUCUGAUCCUCGUUCCAGGUAUCAACUACAGCGACCAGUUCCUGUUGACAACGUUUGUCAGAUGUCUUCCAGAGAACAUCAGGAACUUACUAGCUAGCGAGGCACGCACAGAGUACCACUCAUUUGAGUCAUUGUCUAGGAAGGCUUUAGACUUGGAGGCCACCCAGGGCAAUGCUCAACCCACCUCACAGAUUGACUCAAAGAAGAAGAAGAGUCCCCAGGAGUGGAAGAAGAAGGGGGCUAAGUUGAUGAUGGUUGAGUCUGAUGGAACUCAAACAGAAAUCGACGAGCUCUCUGACCUGGUGGACUAUUCAGAGUAUGACGGCGAGGAGGUAGCUGAGGGUAGCACCCUUACCGCGGUAGUAAAGACUAAGGCAGGUGGCCGAGGGAAGGGUCAACCUAAGAGUCAGGGAAAGGCCGCCUCCAAUCAGACCAAAGUGGCUGAGUGGGUGAAGGCGGGUCUUGACCAAGACGUGUGGCGUGACCGCCAAUCGCGAUUGAGUGUUUCCAUGGAUUUCAUGGACACCCUAGCGGUGCUUGAGUUCGAGGACAACUGGGUAAGGGACUUUGGUUUACCAAAGACCAUCAUUAGUGACCGAGACGUCCGAUUCACAAGUGAGCUGUGGAAGAAGACUGCGGAACAGAUGGGCAGUCAACUUCAAAUGACUUCAGGGAAUCAUCCYGAAGCCAACGGACAGGCCGAACAAAUGAAUAGAGUUGUACAGCACUUGCUGAGGCAUUUCAUGAAGCCCAGCCAGGAUGACUGGGAUGAGCAGUUACCUCGCAUCGCCAGCCUGUACAACAAUGCUAUACAUAGCAGUACCGGCGUUAGUCCUAACCAGCUGCACUUAGGAUGGAAGCCUAGAUCAGCACUAGACUUCCUCCUGCCUGAAAACCGACCCGUUGCAACUCCAGGCACACUUGAAUACGGUGUGCAAUAUGAGAAGUUGUUGCGAGAGGCUGUUGAACAUAUGAAGAAGGUUCAGCAAGCCAUGAUUGCUUCUGAGAAACAACAUCGCAGACGGUCCACAUUUCAGGUAGGGGAACGUGUCUGGGUCAAGGCUAGUGAGUUAGGACAGGAGUUCGGAGUAUCUCGCAAACCAAUGCCUCAGUACUUUGGUCCCUGGGAAGUCUUGGAUAUAGUGGGAGAUGAGUUGGAUUGUCCCACAUAUGUCAUUCGUGUCCCUACACACCUACGCACUCACCCAGUCUUUCAUGCCUCAAAUCUUGCACCUUUUGCUGAGACUGAUCAAUUCCCUUCCAGGAGAUCUAUGCUGCCCCCAACCAUGGAUGGAGAAGUCGACAUCGACGACAUUGUGGAUCAUAGGGACAUGCUUGUUGCAAAGUCGCUGGGUCGAGGAAGACCUCCUAAGCCCAAGAGAGAAUAUCGCGUCAGAUUCAGGCAUCACGUAGAUCCAAAGGAAGAUCGAUGGUUCACCAGGGAGGAACUGAUUGAGACAACUCCUCAAGUGGUGGCAGAGUAUGAAAGGAAGCUGAAAGGGAAGGCACCUGCGAAGUAAGCAUCUCAGCGGACUUUCGAAGCUAAGGGGGAGGGAAUGUGAGGAUUGAGCCCUCAAGAAGGGGCCUUCCCAUGAUGUACAUGUUCUGGGCUAAGGCCCCAGCAAGCCUCGUGCCCGCCCUAAGUGAAGGCGGGCCAGCAAAUCAACAAGAGCCCUCAGU